GGACAGUUUCCACUUCCCAGUCCAAGAGGCGGACUCCCCUACCACACCCCGCCGCCGCCGCCGCCGCCGCGAUGCUUCACCUCCCGAAACAACUCCUCUCGCUCCGCCUCCCAGCCUCACCAGUGAUCCUUUCUCUCCGUCGGGCCCUCUUAUCCACCGCGGCGGCCACCGACGCCCCGCUAGGCGCCUUCGCCGCCGCCGACUACCUCGUCACCACCUGCGGCCUCACGCCGGAGCAAGCCCUGAAGGCCGCCAGGUACAUCUCUCACUGCAAGUCCACCUCCAACGCCGACUCCGUCCUCGCCUUCCUCUCCGGCCCCGCCCUCCGCCUCUCCAAGGCCGACAUCGCCCACAUCGUCUCGCACGACGCGCGCAUCCUCAACUGCAGCGUCGACAGCACCCUCAAGGCCCGCAUCGCCAGCCUACGCAGCUAUGGCCUCGACGACGCGCAGGUCCGAACCUUCCUUCGCGUGGCCACCUGCACCUUCAGCAUCCACGAGAAGCUCGGCUUCUGGAUCCCCUUCCUGGGGUCGCCGGAGAAGCUCCUCCGCGUCCUCAGGUACAACUACUACCUCCUCACCUCCGACCUCGACCGGGUGGUCAAGCCCAACAUCGCGACGCUACGGGAGAGCGGGAUGAGCCCUGCCAACAUCGCCAGGAUGUGCGUGCCCAACUCGAGGCUGCUCACCUGCAACCCGGACACCGUCAAGUCCAUCCUCGAGCGCGCCGACAAGCUCGGGGUGCCGCGCAACUCGCCCAUGUUCAGGCAGGCGGUGGCCACCACCACGAGCCUCGGCGCCGAGACGAUGGCGGCCAAGCUCAAGCUCUUCGGGGAGACGCUCGGGUGCUCCGCGGCCGAGGUGGCCAGCGCGGUCAGGAGGAACCCCGUGCUGCUGAGGGUCUCUGGGGAGAAGCUUCGCCGCGUGACGGAGUUCCUCACCAGGGUGGUUGGCGUUGACACCGCCUACAUCCUUGCCCGGCCCGCCAUCCUCAUGUACAGCCUCGACACCAGACUGGCGCCUCGGUAUUCCGUGAUGAAGGCGCUCCAGGAGAAACAUCUCAUCCGGAAAGAUCACAGCUUCUACUCCAUGGUAACGUCUAGCGACGACACGUUUCGGCGCAGGCAUACGUAUCCUCAUAAGGAUCUUCUUCCGGGCCUUGAUGAUGCCUACAUGGCUGCUUGCAGAGGGAAAACUGCUCACUGAAGUCGGGCUAUGAAGGAUCCUAGGUACCCUUGGGUUUUCCCAGCGUUACCUGUAACUGUAUGUUGGAAUGGAACAGAGGAUCCACUAAUUCCGGUUUUGGCAACUAAUGUGAGUGUUGAAUUUGUACAUUCUGUUAAGUCGCUAUGUUUUGAGUUUCGACUUGGGAUUGUUUGGGCUUAUUUGAAACUCGGCUGCGUGAGAGUUGACACACACUCACUGUGUCGGUGCUUAUGGUGUGAGCUGAAGCUUCUGAUAUCUGGUAUGGUCAGCUGAUAUGUCUUUGCUUUGCCAGUACUUUACUGUGGGGUGUGCUCACACAUUUGAGAUGAUUGAUGCUCUGGGGAAAUCUGUCCUGGGGAGCGCUUCGCCCAUGGACAUCCCCCGGCAGUUUGUCAUACAUGUUCUGAAGGCGAAGGGGUUGGUAAAGAUAGACUGCGACUUGUACAACGUAUUUACCUUAGCCCACGAGAAAUUUGUAAAGAGGUCUCCUGGGCUUGCACAUGAGCUUCUCCAGGUUCAGUUGUGACUUGUGAGAGGUUAAAGUAUUAACAUCUGACAUGUCGAAACGUCUGAAUGAUGCAUUUUUUGUGGUUUAUUUUUCUUUUCCUAGUUUAUGGACCUGCUUUGUUAGACUCGUGUAAAGAAAUAUAUUUCGCCCUUUCUUGGUGUUGUGCUA